AUGAUCCCGACAAGAAGAAGUAUUUCAAAAUCCAGGCUAGCCAUAAAGCCGCCGCAGGAGCACAGUACUCAAAAGAUGCAGUCAAGAGGAAACGGAAACGUCAGAGGAAAGUCCACCUCGCUCGGAGACUGGCAAAGGAGAAAAUCAGAAGGUCACCGUUCGUGCGAAGUCCCCUUCUUGGAAUUGAACGAGAAAUUGGAGCGCAGCAGAUAUCAAAACCCUUGCGACAAGAGCAACAAGGUCUCACAUAUGCUAGCCAAAUCAGUCGAAAACAGCUGCACCGAUUUGAACCGUGGCCAAGUGAUUAUACCAUUAAGCAUGUGCUACGCAACAACCGCUCUGGAAUCCUUAUUGCCAUUUGAUGCUGUCAUAUACUGUUUGACGCUUUCGUUCAUUGACACUUCCAUCAGAGUAUGCUUUCCAGACACCGACCAAGAGAUAUGGACAUAUAAUCGGACGAUGGAGCGAGUGCUCUUCCGAGAGCCGUACAGAGUAUGUGUUUAUAUCGCUCUUCCCAAACGAUUCAGUGAUGUAAAACACAUGCUUAUACGCCAUCGUACAAUCUCAGCUCUCUUCUAUCUCCUUGAGCCAUACCGGAUACUUGCUGUAAGUCCAUAUAGAACCCACCAAGGGAUCAAUCAACUAACAAGAUUAGAGCCACAAUGGAUAGUGGUCCAAAUGGCGACUCGUUUCUCGCGCCUCGCAUGUUGCCUGACCUCGGUGAAGGCGGCGAUUAUCGCUGGCCUGCUUUCUGUACGUACAUUCGCCCAUCCAAUUCGCAUUCGUACUGAGUCAUCCUUGUGGUGCUCGUCACCGUGUCCAGAGGGAGACAAAGCACUCUUCGCGAUUGGCACUUCCGAAGGUCUGUAUACUCUAGAAGGAUUGGGAAGUUAUUGGACUCUAUCCAAGAAGCCGUUCGCCAGCGAUGUCUCCAACGGAAAGCCAAUCAUCCAUCGACGUACAGACUCCUCUCAUGCACUUGUUACUAGCGUUGAAUGGCUGUCUUCGACUGUCAUCGCUGCUGGUCUGAAAGACUCAACCGUCUUCCUUCACGAUCUCCGCAGCGGGGGAACUGCAACGCGUCUACAACACCCCCAUGCAGUCACUAAGAUCAGGAACCUUGAUCCUUAUCGGAUCGUUGUGGCAGGGAUAAACUCGCUUCAAAUGUACGACAUCCGGUACGCACCUAACGGUCUACAGCGCAAUCCGAGACCCAAUCAUCCCCGUCACACUUCGACUCGGCCAUAUCUCUCUUUUUCCGACUUCUCACCGGAAAUCAUCCCGGAUUUUGAUAUCAGUCCUGAACUUGGGCUUCUGGCCAGCGCUUCCGACGAGCGCAAGGUUCAAUUGUUCUCCCUUCGUACUGGAGAACAAGUCUCUUCCCCUCUAACGAAAUACCAAUACCCAAAUCCUAUUUCCUCGCUACGGUUUGAAUCGGGCGAUGGAUCAUUGCAUGGGCCUCUGACCCCCACUCUACUGGUCUGCUCUAGUGCUACGGUUGACGAGUGGGUUUGGUAG